CUGCUACCCGGGAUGCAGAAUGCACCCACGGCCCGGAUCUGCACUACACAGCUCUCUCUUGUUGGUAUUGUGCGCCGUUGGGCUCAACAACAUAGGGCUAUUUCAAGAAUUGUUAACGCUUCGCGUAUCCCCAUGUUCCCAUCCAGGAACGAUGCCUAGGGAAGCUGCCAUUAUCGGGGGAGCGGCGGCGGCGAUGGCUUCGAGUGGCACCGUGUGCUCCCUGGGCGCCGCGGUGUUCUGGUUCCUGUGGCGGGUAUGGCGCGGCCGAGGCGCGGUGCCGAGGGCGAGCUGGGAGAUGCCGCUGCUCGGCCACGCGAUGAUGUACCGGCGGGACCCCGUUGGCUUUCUUCGUCGCCAGCUGGCCGCCACAGAGGGCCAGGUCGUCACCCUGAACCUGGCGGGGCUUGAGACGGUGGUGAUUGCCGACCAGGUCGCCGCGCGGCAGUUUGCGACGGCGCCGGCUGCGAAGCUGUCCAUUCGGGCGGCGGUCAACGAAUUCGGAUUCGGUGUUGGGCUCGGCGUGCUCAACGUGUGCCUGGGCACGGGCGUGCACGUUCACGCGCUCAAGUCGCAGCUGUAUCCCAAGCUCAACGCGCGCGGCGUGGCGGGGCUCAGCGCCGCCACGAAAGCCGCCGUGGCCCAGUAUAUGCCGAUGCCCCCGAGGGGAACUGCGGCGAGCUGCGACUGGGUGCCGACGAUGCGGCGUGUCUUCUUGCACGUAUCGAUGACGCUGUUCGCGGGGCCCGCGGUGUUGGCCGAGGCCGGCCCCGACUUUAUCGAACGGUACAUUGCAUUCCAGGACCAGCUCGAGGAUGCCAUCGCAAAGGGGGUGGUUCUGCCGCGGUGGCUUGCCGAGUCUGCCGUGCUGGGGCCCGUGGCGAGGGUCCGGAGUGAGCUGGUCGAGGCGCUGUGCCCGGCCGUCGAAGCCGAGUGGGCCCGCGCUGGCGAGGCCGACUGCCCUGGGAUGUGGACCCAGGCCAUCCGGAAGCUGCGGAAGGACGCCAACCCAGGCUGGCGCGAUUAUUGUGCCGAUUCGGCUGGCGCGGCAGGGGGCGGAGAGUACACGGCGGCCGAGGCGGCCGAACUCAUCCUCGGGCUUCUGUUCGCGGCACACAAAAACCCGGGGAUCGCGGCGGCGCAGACGGCGCUCUUUCUCAUCGACCCCAGCGCCGAUCCGCGCCAUCUCGAAGGGGUGCUCGAGGAGGUUGACCAGUUCGGUGACGAGGGCGAUGGGCUGUCUCCAGCACAGUUGAGUGACCGGCUGCCCCGGCUCGAGCGAGCGGUGUACGAGGCAUUGAGACUGACGGCUCACACCAUCGGGGCGAUCCGGAAGGUGCUGGCCCCCAGCGGCUGGACCUUCAGCACCUCGUCUGGUUGCACGUACAAGGUCCCGUCUGGCACCUUUGUCGCCGCAUCGCACAUCGCGCCUCACCUUGACCCCCAGAAUUUCGACCGGCCCGACGUCUUCGAUCCAGAGCGCUUCGCCUCUGAGGCCGGCGGCCGUCCGGGCGAAUACGUGCUGACGACCUUCAGCAACGGCCUUCAUCGCUGCCCCGGCGAGCGCCUCGCGGUUGCCACGAUCACCGUCGCGCUGACCACCAUCCUCGGCCAGUACCUGCUCGAAUUGCCGUCGCCCCUCCCGCCGCUGUGCUUCGAGCGGGCGACGCUAGCCCAGAGGCUGGGGAAGGUGGCUGUGCGGUACAGGUCAAGGUAGUUGGCCGCCGUGCGCGUCCGCUGCGUAAGUAAAAUGGC